AACACUUACAAGAAGCUUAUGUGUGUUAAAGCUGUGUUUUGAUCACUGGCUCUCUCAAAGUGAGAGUAUGGAUGGAUGGAUGGACUGAGUCUUCUUAUGUUACCUCGAAAUCACAAGACUGAUCAGUUCCUUCCAUAUAUCAUCUUUACUUUCUGAUCUUUGGUGUAUCGCCUUAGGAAAGAAAAAAGAAUGGUGGUUUCCUGGAAAUCUCAUCCACUUGAGAUUGCUUACAACUUUUUCGGUUGGAUUGCUUUCUUCUCCUGGUCCUUCAGUUUCUACCCACAAGUUAUCCUCAAUUACAGAAGAAAAGGUGUUGUGGGGUUGAAUUUCGACUUCCUGGUUCUGAAUUUCACGAAGCACUCGUCAUAUCUCAUCUACAAUGCUUCUCUGUUCUUUAGCCAUGUAGUCCAGAGGCAAUACCAAAACAAGUACGGCGGUGGCGGUGGUGGUGGUGAUCAGAUGAUUCCUGUUGCUGCAAAUGAUGUAGCUUUCUCAAUUCAUGCUGUUGCAUUGACAACAAUCACUCUGCUUCAAGUAUACAUCUAUGAAGGUGGAGGCCAGAAAGUCUCUAAAACUUGUAUUGCAAUCACUUGUGUUGCUUGGGGUUCUGCUGCUAUCUGUUUCUUUAUAUCCCUACCACACCGUUCUUGGCUUUGGCUCAUCUCUGUCUUUAAUAUAAUUCAAGUGGUUAUGACUGCCAUCAAGUACAUUCCACAAGCUUAUAUGAACUUUAGGAGAAAGAGUACACAGGGAUGGAGCAUUGGAAACAUCUUACUUGAUUUACUCGGAGGUUUGAUGAACUAUGCCCAGAUGGCCAUGCAAUCUAUAGACCAAGGUUCUUGGGUUAACUUGUAUGGGAAUAUAGGGAAGACCCUACUGUCCUUGCUUUCAAUCUGUUUUGACCUUCUCUUCAUUUGCCAACAUUAUCUACUCUACUAUCCUUCCAAGAAAGAGAAAGUAGUACUCUCUCCUAACAAGUCUUCUAUGGAAAACUCAUCUCCAGUUCCGGAAAACAGCAUAUGAUCAGGCCAAUGUUUCAGAGAUAUAUAUAUAAUCUUUUUCUUUACUACUUUAUCUGUACUACUCUUUCCAGUUAAAUGUGAAGGGAACUAUUUUAUCUGUAA